UCAUGUCUGGACGUGGAAAGACCGGAGGCAAAGCCAGGGCUAAGGCCAAGACCCGCUCCUCUCGUGCUGGGCUGCAGUUCCCAGUCGGCCGUGUUCACAGGCUGUUGAGGAAGGGCAACUACGCUGAGCGCGUGGGCGCUGGAGCUCCCGUCUAUCUGGCUGCAGUGCUGGAAUACCUGACUGCUGAGAUCCUGGAGUUGGCUGGAAACGCUGCUCGUGAUAACAAGAAGACCAGGAUCAUCCCCCGCCAUCUGCAGCUGGCUGUCCGCAACGACGAGGAAAGGUUCAGACUUCUCCAAACGUCUGUUUAA